AUGACAUUGAACAAAAACAAGGUCCGUUCCAGCAUAAGGGACGCUCAAGGCCAGCUUAUCUCGGGAGAGAUCACUGGGAUAGUGGAGCUCCUCGAUGAUGGGACUGCACUCAAGUCGCCAUUUCCAGAUGCUGAGAUUGAAAGCCAUGUCCCAGACAUCGCCAGAGAAGCCAGCAUCUACCGCCGUAUUGGGCCACACAGGAGGCUUGUUCGCCUACUGGGUCAUUCCAGGGAUGAUCUCGUGCUCGAAUAUAUGCAAAAUGGUGAUCUCAAGACAUAUCUCUGGCUCUUCGCUAGAUGGGUCGAAGCCGGCGUCUGGUGA